AGCGGCGAGGCGGGCGCGGAGGGCGGCAGUGCGCUGUGCGCUGCGCUCCGCCAUGCAGCCCCCGGGACCCCCCCGCCGCAUCUUCAUCCUCCUCCUCCUCCUCCUCCUCUUCCUCCUGCACCGCCGCUGGGCGCUGGCCGCCGCAGGGCUGGAGUACAGCGACGUGCUGCCCGACUCCUUCCCCUCGGCCCCGGCGGAGACGCUGCCCCACUUCCUGCUGGAGCCGCAGGACGCCUACAUUGUGAAGAACAAGCCCGUGGAGCUCGUCUGCAGGGCCAACCCCGCCACCCAGAUCUACUUCAAGUGCAACGGGGAGUGGGUCAACCAGAACGACCACGUCACCAAGGAGGACCUGGACGAGGUCACGGGGCUGCUGGUGCGGGAGGUGCAGAUCGAGGUCUCCCGGCAGCAGGUGGAGGAGCUCUUCGGCCUAGAGGACUACUGGUGCCAGUGCGUGGCCUGGAGCUCGGCGGGCACCACCAAGAGCCGCAGGGCGUACGUCCGCAUUGCGUACCUGCGGAAGAACUUUGACCAGGAGCCGCUGGGCAAGGAGGUGCCGCUGGAGCAUGAGGUGCUGCUGCAGUGCCGGCCCCCCGAGGGGGUGCCGCAGGCGGAGGUGGAGUGGCUGAGGAACGAGGAUGUCAUCGAUCCCACCCAGGACACCAACUUCCUCAUCACCAUCGACCACAACCUCAUCAUCAAGCAGGCCCGCCUCCUGGACACUGCCAAUUACACCUGCAUGGCCAAGAACAUCGUGGCCAAGCGCCGCAGCACCACGGCUGCCGUCAUUGUCUACGUGAACGGGGGCUGGUCCACCUGGUCCGAGUGGUCUCCGUGCAACAACCGCUGCGGCCGAGGCUGGCAGAAGCGCACACGGACGUGCACCAACCCCGCACCGCUCAACGGUGGCUCCUUCUGCGAUGGGCAGCCCUUCCAGAAAAUAACCUGCACCACCCUCUGCCCAGUGGAUGGCGCAUGGACGGAAUGGAGCAAGUGGUCGGCCUGCAGCACCGAGUGCACCCACUGGCGCAGCCGCGAGUGCGCUGCCCCGGCCCCCCGCAACGGUGGCAAGGAUUGCAGCGGCGUGCUGCUCGACUCCAAAAAUUGCACCGAUGGGCUCUGCCUGCACAAUAAAAGAGUUCUAAGCGAACCCAAAAGCCACCUGCUGGAGGCCACAGGUGACGUGGCCCUGUAUGCCGGGCUGGUGGUGGCCAUUUUCGUCUUUAUCGUGAUCCUGAUGGCUGUGGGGGUGGUGGUGUACCGGCGGCGGUGCCGGGAUUUCGACACGGACAUCACGGACUCGUCAGCUGCCCUGACGGGAGGCUUCCACCCGGUCAACUUCAAGACGUCCCGGCAUGACAACCCGCAGCUGCUACACCCCUCCAUGCAGCCCGACCUGACGGCCAGUGCCGGGGUGUACCGCGGCCCCAUGUACACCCUGCAGGACUCCUCCGACAAGAUCCCCAUGACCAACUCCCCGCUCCUCGACCCCUUGCCCAACCUCAAGAUCAAGGUCUACAACUCCUCCACCACCUCCUCGUCACCAGGCCUCCACGACGGGACGGAUUUGCUGGGGGGAGGCCCCACCACCGGCACCUACCCAGGGGACAGCAGUAGGGACGGGCACUUUGGGAGCGUGCGGAGCAAAGCCCUGGGCUCCCAGCACCUCCUCGGCCUGCCCCGGGAGCACGGCAGCAGCGCCAGCGGGACUUUUGGCUACCUAGGGGGAAGGCUCACCAUCCCUGGCACGGGGGUGAGCCUGCUGGUGCCCCAUGGAGCCAUCCCCCAGGGGAAGUUCUACGAGAUGUACCUGGUCAUCAACAAGGCAGAGAGCGCCCUCUUGCCCUCCGAAGGCACGCAGACAAUGCUGAGCCCGGCGGUGACCUGCGGCCCCACUGGCCUGCUGCUGUGCCGCCCUGUCGUCCUGACCAUUCCCCACUGCGCGGACAUCGGCUCCUCCGACUGGAUUUUCCAGCUGAAAACACAGUCCCACCAGGGAAACUGGGAGGAAGUCGUGACCCUGGAUGAGGAGACCCUCAACACCCCCUGCUACUGCCAGCUGGAAGCCAAGUCCUGCCAUGUUCUGCUCGACCAGCUGGGCACCUACGUCUUUGUGGGGGAGUCCUACUCCAGGUCAGCCAUCAAGAGGCUCCAGCUGGCCAUCUUCGCCCCCACUGUUUGCACCUCCCUGGAGUAUAACCUCAAGGUCUACUGCUUGGAGGACACGCCGGACGCCCUGAAGGAGGUGCUGGAGCUGGAGCGGACGCUGGGCGGUUACCUGCUGGAGGAGCCCAAGCCACUGCCCUUCAAGGACAGCUACCACAACCUGCGCCUCUCCAUCCACGACAUCCCCCACUCGCUGUGGAGGAGCAAGCUGCUGGCCAAGUACCAGGAAAUCCCCUUCUACCACAUCUGGAGCGGCAGCCAGCGAGCCCUGCACUGCACCUUCACGCUGGAGAGGUACAGCCAGGCCUCCACCGAGCUCACCUGCAAGAUAUGUGUGCGGCAGGUGGAAGGGGAAGGGCAGAUCUUCCAGCUCCACGUCACGCUGGGAGAGGUGAGCGGGUGGGGAAUGGCGAGGGGAUGUGGGCAAAGAUGGGUGGCUUAUCCCAGCCCUCCGCCGAAACGCCUCAUGUCGCCCUUCCCCUUGCAGCACGCCGGCUCUUUCGACACCCUCCGCUCGCACCACAGCAGUGCCCCUGCCACCCAGCUGGGACCCUACGCCUUCAAAAUCCCCCUCUCCAUCCGGCAGAAAAUCUGCAGCAGCCUGGAUGCCCCCAACGCCAGGGGGAACGACUGGAGACUUCUUGCCCAGAAGCUCUCCAUGGACCGGUACCUGAACUACUUCGCCACCAAAGCCAGCCCCACCGGGGUGCUCCUGGACUUGUGGGAAGCCCAGCACCAAGACGACGGCGAUCUCAACACCCUGGCCAGUGCCUUAGAAGAGAUGGGCAAGAGCGAGAUGCUGGUGGUCAUGGCCACAGAGGGCGACUGCUGCUGACGCUCCCCGCCCAGUGGCUGAGCGAGGAAGGGCCGAGGGUGCCCGUUUAUCCCUCCCCACGUCACUGCCAGCCUUAGAGACCGAUCCUCACAGUUUACAAGCAAUUCAAGUGUUACGCGGCGUUCCUCCUCCUCCUCCCGGCCGUUUUUGGGUGGUGCUGGGGGAGUCGGGGCUUCUCGGGUCGGGGCGGCGGGGGCUUUCCUUCUCCUUGUGCGUGUGGGUUCCCCUCCCCUCCGGUUCUCCUCCUCCUUUGAUGGCAUUUCUGCGUCGAAGAGGCGAGUCCAGUCUAGGCAAGCAGCUUACUUCUGUCAAAGGCUUCAGGCAGCUUCGUAAGGCAAAUAGGAAAGGAAAAAAAAAAAAAGGAAAAAAAAAAAAACAGUUUCUUAGGAAACGCAAAUAAUUUAUUAUCCAGAUCUUUGGAUGACUCCUUUUAAAAAAAUACAGAAAAAAAAAAAGAUUUAUAAAUCUUUUUUUGUGUGUGUGAGAGAGGAAGAGCACUGUUGUGGUCAGAGUGGCAGAGAGAGAGAUUUAAAUGAGCGCUCUUCUGUAGGGAAAACGUGCGGUCGAGUGGAGCAAAACUUGUUUACAUGUCCUGGGACCCCCGGGAAGUCCGUCGGGUUAAGUGCCUCUAUGCCCCCGUGCUUCAGGGCAAGCUGAGACCCUCCCUGAGAUUUUCAUUGCAAGUCCCCCUUCCUGGCAGCAGCGUCCCCCACAAAUGUGUCUGGAGGGAUGCUGCCUGGUUUUUCUUGCUGGUUUUCCUUCAGGAGCAACCCGAGGUGGUGCCCCUGUUCCCAGCACCGUGCUGGAUGCUCUCCUGGUCGUCGUCCUCCUCCUCCUCCAUCACUGGGCUCUGUCUCCUUCGUUGCUAGUGGCAGCAGGGAAUGCCGAAUUCAUUGGGUUUUUUAAUGAAUUCUUCCCCACUGUAGUUUUGGGGGAGCUUUUUAGGGCGACUGCGCCUUUAUUAUACAUAAAUACAAACCAAAGACUUCAGCCCUGCACUGAUGCACAGGCCAAAGUGGUGGGUUUUGUGUUUUUUUUUUUAUUUAUUUUAUUGGUAACAAAACCCCCAGAUGUUUGCAGUUCAUGCCCCGAGGUGGCACGGUCAGGAGGAGGCAGGUUGGGAUGCAGGCCCAAGCAGACCUCACUGCUGCAGAGUCCCUGGUUUUGAGUCAGUAUUUCGGCUGGGAUGCAGGGAGGGGGUUUUGGGGCUGGGGGCUGCUUUGGAAGAGGUCGGCAGGGCUGCGCUGCUCCUGCGUGGGCUCCGAGGACAAAGCCCCAAGGGUUUAUCCUGCUGGGUCUCAUAGCAGGGCUGUUCUGUGUUCGCACAUAGACCCUUGAUAGGACGGCUGUGGCCUGUGCUGCCCAGCGUUUUGAAGAGCUGGUUUCUCGUUUGGGGUUGGAAGAAACACCAUUGGAGCUGUUAGCAUGCUUUAUUUGGGUUGCUUUUGGUCCUGCGCUGAGUUCUACCUCGCUGGUGAGGAAGGGUCUCCAAGCUGCAAGCCAGGCUAUGCCUCUUAGCUUUAGGAGGGGCGGCAUCGUAAGUGGUCAUCGGGUUUCCAUCCCAUUGCACCUCCUUUAUUUUCUCCCCUUUUUUUUUUUUGUAAUGGACUUGUUAUAACAGUGGAGGGAGAAGUUGUGCGAUGGAUGAAAAGUGAUCAACAGGUAACGAGUUUCAUCGCAGAGAUACGGUGUCUGGAUGAAGGCUAAAAAUUUAGACUACCUGCAGAUAGAAGUAUUUACUCGGUGAUCGUGGUAUCUUAGAAAUUUCUCUGUUGAAAAAUAAAGAAAUAGGAAGGGGAUGAGAAGCUCGGGAUUAGAUCAGACCACGCAGCAAGGCUGUGGACCCUCCAUUGAUGGAAGUAUUAAGAGCAAAGCGUGGAGGGCAGCUCCUGCCUCGGGCUGCAAGGCUUUGUGAUGCAAAGCCCAGGAUGCAAACCGAGAGCAUCAUCACAGGGUGGCGCGGGAGAAGCUUUCAGUAUUGCAAGCGUCUUCACAGGGUUGUUUUUGGCAAGAUGAGAGGCUUGGUGUGCUAACCCAGCACAUCCUGGUGUCAUCAGGUUGUGUGCUGGGUGAAAUCACAGCCAGGAGCCCAAAUUUCUCAGGGGGGAAGCGUGCAGGCUCUGCCGAGGGGCUUUUUUUUUUCCUGUGUGUUG